UGACAUUGACGAUUCGUGCUGGUAGUAGACCACCCUCUUCCUCCCCCUCAUCCUGACCCCCUUACUUCCCUUCUCUUGAUCCUCCAGCGGCGCACUCAGCGACGGAGGCCAACAAAGCACAACUUGGAAUUCAUUUGGAUAUAUUCGAAAACAGUCACCGGCUAUGGCGGCAAUCAGGAAAAAGCUGGUUAUAGUGGGAGAUGGUGCAUGCGGUAAGACCUGCCUGCUGAUUGUCUUCAGCAAGGACCAGUUUCCUGAGGUCUACGUGCCUACUGUGUUCGAGAACUACGUGGCAGAUAUCGAAGUGGACUGUAAACAGGUGGAGUUAGCCCUGUGGGACACAGCAGGUCAAGAAGACUACGACCGACUACGACCUCUCUCGUAUCCAGACACUGAUGUCAUUCUUAUGUGCUUCUCCAUCGACAGUCCUGACAGUCUUGAGAAUAUCCCAGAGAAGUGGACCCCAGAAGUGAAACACUUCUGCCCCAACGUGCCCAUUAUCUUGGUGGGUAACAAAAAGGACCUGCGCAAUGAUGAGCAUACCCGCAGGGAGCUUGCCAAAAUGAAGCAGGAACCGGUGAAGCAGGAGGAUGGACGGGACAUGGCCAACAGGAUCGGUGCCUUUGGAUACAUGGAGUGCUCAGCCAAAACAAAGGAUGGCGUGAGGGAAGUCUUUGAGAUGGCCACCAGGGCAGCACUACAGGCCCGGCGAGGAAAGAAGAGCAAUAAAUGCACCCUCCUGUAAACGGGGGUGGCAUGGGACUGCUACCUUUUUGAUAAAAAGGAGCAGCAGGCCAAUGUCCCCUCCAAAGAAACACCCACAAAAAGACUGUUCUCACCAGUUUUUACGAAAGAUGCAACGCUUUUACUUUUGUUUGUUUUUGUCUUAAGCUUGAAGUAGGUUCUGUCAGUAUUGGGAAACCCUUUUUUUUUAAUACUAAAGCAUAAAUCCAUCGGCCAUAACGAAAGCUCCAGUAUCAGCACGUAGUUUCAUGAGAAGUCAGCAAUCCUGCCAACGACAGUCAAGUGCUGAAGCCCUGCCUGCUGACCCGACGAAUGUUUCCACAGCCAAUUAGGGUUCAAGUACCUGAUCACUGUGACUUCUUCAAAAAGCUAACGCACACGUGAAGUCAGCGUUUGUUUGCCGAGCUCCAUUGACAAAUCCUCGUGUGCGUCGUGACCAUGUGCACGAUAUGAGACUGGAAUCCCCAAUUUUGUUAACACGCAAAUGGAAACUUAGUGUUUGUGUAAUAAAUUACUUUGUAAGAAUCUUC